AUGACUGUAACUUCCACCAAAACCCCUUCAUUCAAAUUGAACACUGGAGCGUUGCUUCCAGCCAUUGGACUUGGUACCUGGAAAUCAAGUGAAGAAGAUGCCUAUACCGCGGUUCUUUCGGCACUAAAAGCUGGCUACAAGCACAUCGAUACUGCUGCGAUAUACAGAAAUGAGCGAGCAGUAGGCAAAGCCAUCAGGGAUUCCGGAAUUCCAAGAGAUGAACUUUUCAUCACGACAAAGCUGUGGAGUACUCAACAUAGAGAUCCAAAAGCUGCUCUGGAUGGCUCCCUUGAGAGGCUAGGACUCGACUACGUUGACCUUUACCUAAUUCACUACCCUGUUGCAUUUAAAACUGAUAGAAUUGAGGACGGAAACCCAUUCUGCUUUCCUUUGUUGCCCAAUGGUAAACGUGACGUUGACAUUGUCGAUUGGGAUUUUGUCAAGACCUGGAGGCUCGUGCAACACUUGCCAGAAUCUGGGAAGUGUAAAGCUGUUGGUGUAUCGAACUUCUCAAUUAACAAUUUGAAGACGCUCCUAGAGUCUGAUGAAAAAUUUGCUGUUCCUGCGGUAAACCAGGUUGAAAUCCAUCCACAGUUACCUCAAACUGAACUCAUCGAUUUUUGCAAGUCAAAGGAUAUUGUUGUUGAGGCCUAUUCGCCUUUGGGUUCUACGGGCUCGCAAAUGUUGACUGAUGAUACUUUGCAGAAAAUUGCCGAGAAGUNNNAAGAUGCCCAACCUGCCCAGAUCUUGAUCAAUUGGGGUAUCAGUCGGGGGUACUGUGUUUUGCCAAAAUCUGUCACACCAAAGAGGAUUGAAGCUAACGCAAGGAUUAUUGACAUUAAGAAGGAGGACUUGUUGAAAGUAACAAAUCUAAUCGACAUCCUCGGUCCUAAGAGAUAUUUGGAACCUGAUUGGUCACCAUUUCCAAUCUUCGAAUAA